AUGCUGACAACAGGGGCAGGCUGCUGGAAGGAGGUGACCUUUCCCCAUGGUUCUCCACUGGUUCCUUGUGGCCAUUCUGUGCCCUGUGGGCCACGCUCUUCAGCAGUCACCAGACACAGUUGUCCGAGUGGGAGACUCUGUGACUCUGAACUGUUCCCAAAAGGGGAGUGUAUUCUCAACCAUCUCCUGGUACAAGUUGCUCACGGGGAAGGAUACCGGUCUGCAGCUGGUUGUAUACUCUGUGGAAGGAGGCAUGGCAGAGAUUGAGCAGGAAUUCAGAAAACGCUUCAAGAGUAAUGGGACUAAGGGCGGUCACUUAUCUGUGGAGAUAGAUCAUGCCCUACUCAAUGACUCAGGGACAUAUUUCUGUGCUGAGCAAGAUCCACACUUUUCCAGCAUGAUUUUCGGCGAUGGCACAAAACUUACAGUAAUGGGGAAGAAUGAUGAAAUCAUACCUCCAGUUGUGGCCAUCUUUUCCCCAUCGAAACAAGAGAUCCAACAGAAGAGCAAGGCCACAUUGGUAUGCCUGGCCUCUGGUUUCUACCCUGACCACCUGAAUCUGGUCUGGAAGGUGAAUGGUGCUAAAAGGACAGAAGGCGUGGGGACAGAUGAGUUUUCCACACAGAAUGGGAGUACUUAUUCAUUGACCAGCCGCCUGAGGAUCUCAGCCCAGGAAUGGUUCAACCCUUUAAAUCGUUUCGAGUGUGUGGCCAAUUUUUUUAAGAAUGGAACACUGGAAUCGAUACACAAAUUAAUCUAUGGUGAUGCUGGUUGUGCACUCACGGAAGAGUCCUACUUGCACUAUGGAAAUUCUCUGAAGCUCACUUACCUCAUUCUCUGCAGCAAAGCCUUGCUCUAUGCAGUUUUGGUGAGCAGUCUGGUGUGGACAGCCAAGGCUGGUGGCAAGUUGUAUAGAGAAUAAAUGAAGAGUCCUCUUCAUCACAUCAACAAGAACACAGCAAAUUAUAGCAAAGGAUCUGUGCUUCUGUCUAAGAAUGACUGAAUGUUAUUUCCUGGUGAAUCUCUGUACCCCUCCUGUUCUUUCCACAUUGUUGUAAUCAAUGUUGGUUUUUCACCAUAUUUCCAUAUCACAUCAUAUUGUAUUGUAUCAUAUCUUUAAAACUCACACCUUCUUAAUGCUCACGGGUUGAGAACCCAGGUCCUUGAAUUAGGAAUAAAAUUUUAGUUUCUUUUCCAUUCAA